CUGGCUCUUUACGCGGCACAACACCCACGCGCCCCGCGUUGGCAACAGCAUCGAUGCCUCGUCCCGGGCUCGUGUGCUUGUGUGUGUGUCUUUUGUGUGUUUGUUUUUAAGGGGAGGACGCCCGGGAGGCGGUCCUAAGAGCAGGGGCGGAGCCAAAGGCUUCCGGGAGGCGGAAAGCGGGGCUGUGCGCGGAGCCGAGGAGAAGGAGGGCGCGGCGGCGGGCGACCGAGUUGUUUUGUGCUCCCGGCUCGGCUGCGCUCCACGCCGGCGUCCGAGCGCGCGCCAGGGCCCCGGGGGGCGGCGGCGAUGGCUUCGAUGGCGGCGGCGAUCGCCGCUUCCCGCACGGCGGCCCUGAACGGCAACCGGCCGCUGGAUGAGCGGGAGCGCAAGCGCUUCAGCUACUUCUCGUCGCUCAACCCCAUGGCGCGCAAGAUCAUGGCGGAGAAGGAGCGCAUCCGCGAGCGCUACGGGCCCGAGUGGGAGCGCCUGCCGCCCCGCCAGCAGGACGAGAUCAUCGACCAGACCCUGGUGGAGCCCCACAUCCAGGCCCGCUACGCGGCUCACCGAGGGGUCGCCCGGGGACCCCCGCCGCCGGUCUGCUACCCGAACCUGCGCCUCAACACCGGCCAGAAGGUGGUGCACUUCGGCGACGAGGAUAUCACCUGGCAAGAUGAACACUCUGCUCCUUUCUCCUGGGAAACCAAGAGUCAGAUGGAGUUCAGCAUUGCUUCUCUGUCCAUACAAGAGGCAAGUGCAGUGGCAUUGCAGAGCGAGCCAAAGCAGACCACCAAAACCGCUCCAGGGCCCCCAGCCCCCAAGCCCGUGCAAGGUGCUAAAACGCCUAACUCAGAGGGGCUUCUGCCAGCUAGGAAAGAGGAGGAGUUGUCAUUCUGGAAGAUCAAUGCUGAGCGCUCAAAGUGUGACGGAGAACAGUCUGAGUUCUGUUCUCUGACCCCAAGCCAGAUCAAGUCCAUGGAGAAAGGAGAGAAGACCCUCCAGCCUUACUACAGGCAAGAAUCUGGUCCAAAAGAGGCAACCAAAGCAGAGAAGCCUAGUGCUAGCAAACCUGAAAAAUUGACCACCCCCGUUCUUGCUGCAACUUCAAUAGAAUGGGAAAAACCUCAACCUGGCCAGCCGAGUCCUCCUGAUGUUUGUCCUGAGCCAGUGGAAAAACUCUCAUCAACUGGGACCAAAAGUGAGGAGGCUGAUAGUGGUUUCCUUUCAGAAGUGCAGAGCAAUGCAAAUAACGUUAUCUUGAAGACCGGAUUUGAUUUUCUAGACAACUGGUAAAGGACUAAAAUAGCUUCAGCUCAGUUUUGGAGGAAGAGAAAAGGAACAUCUCUCUUCCAGUCUACUUUAUUUUAUUUUAUUGGUAUUGGCUUCUAUUUGAUCUUUCAAACUAAUAUUUUUUCCAACUGUUUUAAAUGUUGCCUUUGUAUUUACACUUUUUUGUAAAACCAUAUGGAUAUUUGUAUUUUGAAAUUGUCCAGUGUUAGAAGUAUGGUUUUUUUUCUUUAUGAUUCUAUAGGGUGAAUUGUUAUAUUGGAGAUGGGACAGGAUACAUUUCCUAAUUAGUGUUAUGUGUUUUAAGGACAAGGUGGAGGGAUCUGACCUAGAGAGAGAGAGAGAGAGAGAGAGAGAGAGAGAGAGAGAGAGAGAGAGAGAGAAGUUGAAGCCACCCAACAGAGGCACCUAUUUUCAUUUCAUAUACAAAUUAAACUACGCCUUAUGGGCUGCAACAUGACCUAAAAAAAGCAAUUUAUGUGGAGAUGGUGCAGCGGCAAAACACCGUAGGCCUAGGUUCUGCUGAAGCACAAAGCUCAAAAACCAAAAUUAAUCUUAUCUGUUUCAAAUAAACUACACAGAAAAUUAA